GUAGGCUGAAGCUGACUUGAUAGCGGAAUACAACAACUAUUAAUAAUAAUCAACGUAAUUACACCAAACAUACAGGACCAAAACGCGAAUACUCAUUUUUUCCUUACCCCCCUUCUAAAUCUGGAAAAGCCUUUUCAUUGCCAAUAAAGUAGAGAUAGAUACUUUACACAUCUCCAUUUCAACAAAGUUGGCCGGGGCCUUGUGGUGAUGGUAUGGCAUCUUUUCUGAAAGCAACUCACUUUAUUCAUUCCAAUAGCAAUAACUUCCAAAGUCACCCUUUUCCAAAAUCAUAUACACAGAGACUCAAGAUUUCGACUUCCCCUAAACCUCUUACCAUGGCCUCCCUCACCACCAAUGCAGCAGCUGUUGGACUUUCCCAGACUUUCACUCGAUUGAAGAAACAAGGCAAGGUGGCAUUAAUUCCAUACAUCACUGCUGGGGAUCCUGACCUGGCAACAACUGCAGAAGCACUGAAAGUGCUGGAUAGAUGUGGUUCAGAUAUCAUUGAACUAGGAGUACCAUACUCCGAUCCGUUGGCUGAUGGGCCAGUCAUCCAGGCUGCUGCUUCACGAUCACUGAAUAAAGGAACCAACUUUGCCAAAGUUAUGUCAAUGUUAGAAGAUGUUGUUCCUCAGUUGUCCUGCCCUAUUGCCUUGUUCACAUAUUAUAAUCCAAUACUUAAGCGCGGUGUUGAAAAGUUCAUGGCUACUGUAAGGGAUACUGGUGUACAUG